AUGGAAUUCGAACGUACUAGCCAACUUAUUCAACAGUUAGAAACCAUUGAUCCUUUAAAAAAUGUAGACAAUUUUGUUCAUUUGUUAAAGCAAAUUACAACGGAAGCUCAGGCUAGUUCAAAAUUUCGAGAAAUUCUUGGACAGAACCCAAAAUUUUGGGUAAUUAUAACAAAAACAUGCUCAUUAGCUAUAGAAAAGUUAAUUAUUGGCGAGAUUAUUGUCAUUCCCAUUAUAUUAUGGCUUGUUCGUACGUUCAGAAACAUAGUAGCAACUGCUACUGAAAAUCAAAACAAAGCCUUAGAGCAAGAGUGGAAUAAAAUGAUCGAGAAUAUUUUGUGGUAUUGCUUGUCGCAACCUUACUCAGGUGACGACACCCAAUAUGUCACGAUUAUAAGGUCCGGAAUGCAAGCGUUAUCUAAUUUGAUAACGGGGAACACUUCCAUUCAAGAAUCUAUUUGGUCAGAUUUUAUGAGUAGAAGUGAAUCCAAUAAUCUUUUAAG